AUGUCGUUGCCCUCAGCUUCAAACCAGGAGCUGCUAGUAUCUACUGCAGCAGGCAUGAGCAGUUCCUGCGUGACAUUGGCCGAGGUCCUUUGGGCAAAAGGAAGCCCUCUGGAGGAAGAAGAAAUAUGGGCACUCCUGUACCUGUCCACAAUGCAACUUCUGGAGGAUCUUCACAAAGACCCUGCCAUCUGUAUGAUUUGCCCAUGGUCAGUACUACUGUCUGCUGAAGGAAAUUUGUUUUUCCAAAACAAUGCAUCUCAGACAGAAGCUGCCCCUUUCAGUCCACCAGAACUGCUCCACCACCCAAGUAAAAACCAGCACUUUGGACUAACAAAGAUGCUGGUGUAUUCCUUAGGAAUGACCCUCUAUUGGUCAGCAGAUUACCAGGUUCCUUCACACCAGUCCCUCCAGCUGAGUGACCAACUACAUACACUCUUGCUGACACUGUGUGAAGAUCUGCCACAUAGAAGACUUUCUCCUGAAUCCAUUCUGGAAGCAUGUGAAGCACAUCAGAAGGAAUCUGCUUCCUUACCAGCAAAAUUCUACAUAAAGAAAAUGGUUCAGUUUGCAAUGGGAAGUGUCAGUGAGACAGAGCAGGUGGUCACUGAGGACAGCACAGCCUCUCAGCUGAACAGAAGUCACGUGAUAAGGAAAAGACUGCAUGAAAAAAUAUCAGACACCUCAACACUGGCAUCCCAGAUGAAUUUUCACCAAGACAGAGGGCCCAGAUUAAUGAACUAUAGUCAGUCAACAGAAGAUUACAGACAACUCUCUGUGGAUUAUAGUGACUCUAAUAGUAUUUCUGAAAGUACAUCUUUGAUACUGUCUAACCGAGGACACAGGAGAGGAAGAGUUCCAGAGACACACAGAUCAUGUGACACCACACUUAGUGGGUCAAGGACACAAAGUAGCUACAAGCUCUUCAUAAAUAGGGAAAAAUCUAUUGAAAAGUUUUCAGGUCCAGAAUUUAUUAUUUUGUCAAGUGAACCACCAGUGACCUUACAGCUGCCUGGAUCAAUUGUGACUAAAAAAGGGAAAUCCUAUUUGUCCCAAAGGGAUCUCAAUGUGAUUCUUCUCAAUGGCCAGUGCCUUGAGGUGCAAUGCGACAUCAAGACCAAGGCAAGAGAUGUUUUCAACACUGUGGUGGCAUAUGCAAACUUGGUGGAACAUUUCUACUUUGGCUUGGCUUACCUGAAAGGUAAAGAAUUCUUCUUUUUGGAUGAGGAGACCAAACUCUACAAAGUGGCUCCAGAUGGCUGGAAUGACCAACCCAAGAAGAAAAUGUCCAUCAUUAAUUUCACACUCUUUCUAAGGAUAAAAUUUUUUGUCAACCACUUUAAUGUCAUUCAGCAUGGCUUGACAAGGCAUCAGUUUUACCUGCAGCUUCGUAAAGAUAUUUUGGAGGAGCGAUUAUAUUGCAGUGAUGAGACUGCCCUGAAACUCGGCGCUUUGGCUUUACAGGCAGAGCUUGGCAAUUAUGCUUCUGAGAUGCAUGGAAAGAACUAUUUUCGUGUUGAAGACUACGUUCCAGCAAGUCGAAUAGAGAAAAUGACCCUGGCAUAUGUACAGCGAGAGCUUGCUAAAUUACAUCGUAUGAAUCGCUCCCUAUUUGAGGAUGAAGCUGAACUGGAAUUUUUAAAGGUGACUCAGCAACUUCCUGAAUACGGAGUGUUAUUCUAUCGCGUGUCCCAAGAGAAGAAAGGGACAGAAGGGGACAUCAUCCUGGGAAUCUGUGCCAAAGGCAUCAUUGUCUAUGAGAACAAAAAUCACACAAGAAUUGCCAGUUUAAGAUUCCAGUGGCGUGAAACAGAGAGAAUUUCAGCUCACAGAAAAAAGUUCAUGAUUGAAAGCAGCUUCAGUGGCAAGAAACACACCUUCAUUACUGAUACAGCAAAGACAUGUAAAUACCUACUGGACCUCUGCUCUGCCCAGCACAAAUUCAAUGCACAGAUGAAUUCUAGGCAACUUCGUCAAACUUCAUCAGAGGACAGUAAAUUUGUGGACAUAGACAAAUCAAAUUCUGCAUAUGCAGGUCAGCAUGAACACCUUGCCCUUAUUCAGAGACUGUCUCGCUCAGAGAAUGUGCUCUAUGGAGCAAACCUGGAAAACCUUUCUGCUGGGAUGAUGAGCAAAUCUUGUGAUAACCUCAGUGUGGAAACCAACAACAGGACUAGAAACAAAAGCAAUCUUGGCAGAUCUGUAUCAGGGCUAUCCCAGUCGGAAAUGCACAUCAAUUUGAAUGGAAAGCAAAGGAGUUAUGACUUCCUCUCUAUCCAUUCAACUCAGAACACAAUCAGUGCACCUGGAUCACCAGCCACCCAAAAGGAAGUUUUGCUAAGUGGUCUAGAAAGAGAAAUCAUAUGUGUCAGCCUAAAACGUGACCCUAAGAAUGGAUUUGGUUUCGUAAUUAUUGGAGGAGAAAAUGUAGGAAAAUUAGACCUUGGUAUCUUUAUCGCUUCAAUUAUCCCUGGGGGACCUGCAGACAGAGCUGGAAAUAUCAAACCAGGUGGACGACUCAUCUCUGUGAAUAAUAUUAGUCUUGAGGGUGUUUCAUUUAAUACUGCUGUUAAAAUCAUACAGAACUCUCCCGAUGAAGUGGAGCUCAUCAUCUCUCAACCCAAAGACAUAUAUGAAGAAGGAUUAAAUGAAGAAAAGAAUCUAUCAAGAGGAAACAGCACUAGUGGAUCUGAGAUCUCUUGUGCAGACAGCGGGAGAAAAAAGAUUCAGGAUUGUCAUACAGCUCUCCCCAAAGAACAGGACACAAAUAUAGACAAACUUGAAAAGACUCUCUCUUGGAAUUUAGCAUCAAAAUUGGGCCCUAGGAUUCCAGUUCCUUCAGCUGAUAGCCUGGAUAUAAAGGCAGCUGAUUCUUCCCACUUACCAUCUCCAUCAGAAACCAACUCAAAGGAAGUCUACACGGUGGAGCUUGUUAAAGAAGAUGGGACUUUUGGAAUCAGUGUGACUGGUGGAAUUAACACCAGUGUGCGUCAUGGUGGGAUAUACGUGAAGUCAAUUAUUCCCAGGGGACCAGCAGAUAAGGACGGACAAAUAAAGAUAGGAGAUCGUCUGCUGGAAGUAGAUGGCAUCAGCCUCUGUGGCAUCACCCACAAACAGGCUGUGGAACACCUUAAGAAAUCUGGCCAGAUUGCCAAACUGGUUCUAGAAAGGGGAAACUACCAAUUGGCAGAGCCUUGUCUGACUGCUAAUGACAGAAAGGAGGACCAAUGUGCAGUUGUUUCUGUGGCAACAUCCCUCACAGAUGGCACCAAGGACUGCUGCUUUUUGACAGAUGAUAACACAUUUGAAGUGAAAUUAACCAAGAAUUCUGGAGGCCUUGGAUUUAGUGUUCUGCAGAUGGAAGGAGAUGCUUGCGAACACCUUGGAGGAGCUAUUGUCAGGAUCAAAAGACUGUUUCCAGGGCAGCCAGCUGAAGAGAGUGGAGAAAUUGAAGUUGGAGAUGUCAUUUUAUCUGUGAAUGGGAAACCUCUCAAAGGGCUCCUGUAUCAGGAUGUCCUGCAUUUGUUAAGAGGAGCUCCUCGAGAAGUUAUACUGCUACUUUGCAGACCACCAAAAGGUGUUCUUCCAGAAAUAGAGCAGAUUUCUCUGACUCCAGCACCAUCUCCAGUUAAGGACUUUGUGGCAGAAAUGCCAGGCAGCACAGAGGCAGGAAACAGUAUGGAUCAAUCUACCAGUGAUGGAGGUAGCACCUCUCCAGACCUUGAAGACUGCCUUGAUUCUCCAGUGGGAGAAGAUUUCAGUGAGCCUCCUGAGGAUGACAGCUCAGCUUACGAAGAGCAGGAAGCUGAGUUUCAAGAGAAACCUAUACAGAAACUCCCAACUUCCAGAGAAAGUUUCUAUAAGCAUCUUUGGAAGAUUCAUCAAGAAGCUUCCAGUUCUGAAGUCUUCCACUCUCUAGAGGAGGAAGUGAAGCAGAACUGCUACUCACCAUGUGAAUUUGGACAGGCCAAAAGCCACGUAUUUAGUAAGAGUCAUGAUGACCUAUUGAACACAAAAUGUAUGCCUGAAACUCUCUCUCUAACCCCUAUUGAUGAAGAGUAUCUCACUGUCAGCUCAAUGUCUGUGACCUCACUUCCACGAGGAAGAAGCCCCAAGACAGUCUCUGCAACCACUGCGACCCCAGAGCCACAUGUUGGUGGUCCCUCAUCAUCAUCCCUGCCUGCCAGAGAGACACAUGACAGUGACAGUGAAUGGGAAGACUUGGAGGAACCAGAGGAAGAGAAGGAAGAAAAUAAACUCUGCAUUCAGGAAAUGGAGAUCUUUGUGACUUUGACAAAGUCAGAGAACAAUGGUUAUGGAUUCUCUGUAGUUCUUAACAAAAUGGACACCUGCCUGUAUGUUGAUGAAAUCUUGAAUGAUCCUGCCCUUUCUGAUGGAAGAUUGAGAAGAGGAGACAGAAUCAUUAUGGUGAAUGGAAUUGAUGUCACAUCUUUACCAUGCAAUGAAGUCCUGACUUUACUGCAAAGCUCUCCUCCAGAUCUGCACCUUGUGGUUGGUCGUGCUGACAGUGACCCACGUCCCUCAAUUAGGCCAGAGGAAAUUCCUGAAAUUACUCUCACAAAGGGUGUCGAUGGACAGCUAGGCUUGAAGCUGACAGGAGGAGCUGGAAGCAAGUUACAAGGUAUUUAUGUGCUAGAGAUAGUGCCUGGCUCUCCUGCCAGUGUGGAAGGCAGUUUGCAGCCACGAGAUCAGAUUGUUUACAUCUGUGGACUGUGCACUGAGGGCAUUAGCCUGGAUGAUGCAGUGAGAGUGUGUGAAGCUGCCACCCAGAAUGUUCGAAUCAAAGCCACAAGAAAUGGCAAUCCAGUGGUUCCUAUAGAGCAGGAAAAUAGGUCACCAGCUGAAACAGAGAAAGCCAAAAUUUCUUUGUCAAAUGAAAACCUGAACUCCAAGGAACAGCAUCUGCUGCAUCAACAUGAGAAACAUUUGGAGGAAACAAACUGUGAUGCUCAGCAGAACACUCCCGAUUCUCCAGAAUGUAAAGACUUCAUUAUUAAGAUUGAGCUGGAAAAAGCAGAAAAUGGAAGCCUAGGAUUUGCACUGGUAGGUGGAAAAAAUGGAAGGGCUAUCCUAAUAAAAGCCAUCAGCCCGGAGAGCAGUGCAGAUCUAGAUGGGAGACUUCAAGUUGGUGACAUCUUACUUAAGGUGAAUGAGACUUUUGUGUCUGGUCUGCCACGCCAAACAGUUACAGAUCUGCUGCGCAAGGCGCAAGGCACUGUUCAACUCACUGUCUGCCGAAGCCUGGCUUUGCACUGGGCUUAUUCAGGCAACCAGAGCAACAGAGCUUCCACUCCGAACACAAAAGCAGAGCCUGCAAGUGGUGGGGAAAGCCUGCACACUCAGCCUGUUUUCAGUUUCAAGGAAGAAGGCUCCAAUCAAAUGUGCAAUAAGGAUGCAGAAAUAAACAAAUGUCCUCUGCAAGAUCAGCUGGCUGGACAAGACUAUAAGGACCUCAUCAGUAACAUUUCAGAGAGGUCACAGAAAUGUGCAGAAUGUGAAAGCUGCAGAAGAGAAAAUCAACAGUCUGAGUCAGGCACCUGGAACAAUGAAGAUGAUGUUGUGCCCCACAGGAUUCCUGUUCUACCUAGAACGCAGUGUGAGUUAUAUGAGAAGAAAAAUAUAUUUGCUUACUUUAGGAAGGAAGAAUUUGCAAUGAUUAUUCCUAGCAGUGGAGUGCGGCAAUACUAA